AUGGUUCCAAUCAGCGCCUUACAUGUGCAAACUUCACUCGGAAAGCGAGCGCCAACAGGACCGAUUCCAGAAAGAACUUGGAAUUUCUACCUGAAUGCCUCCACCGGGCUCCUGUCGUACGAGAAUAUCCAUGAUCAACGAAAUCAGUGUAUACGAUCUCGACGAGGGCACUCAAUGUCACGAUUCGAACCGUAUCCAGCCGAAUAUCGAAGGCUGGCGAAGUUGGACGGAGGGCGCGAUAUUGAGACCAGUGGCCAUAACCCAUCAGCCCAACAACUACCCGGAGGAUUUACAACUGUGGUAACAAAGGAUGCGACAAUCAAUAAUCGCCUGUUUGGUAUAUCUCGAACAUCUGUCAGAGUCUCAGUAGCCCGACGCCUACCGGUCUACAUGGUUUUAGGCAUUUUCCCCUGCGGCCAACCCAACCCAGUUGAAAAACUUGGACGGGACAUUUUCCGUCUACGCGGUUUCUGGAAGACACUAUUUUCCCUCAGACACGUAAAAAGAUUCCGGGUAUACAAAUGUAAUGCGCAGAACGGGACUCACGAACGCAUCGACCUUGACAAAAACGGCGCUGCAGAUUUGCAAUUGCUCCUGCAUACAUACAAGCAAUGGCGAGUCCCCGAGAACAUUGCACUUGCUUGGGCAGACUGGAUUCACCAAGAAUUCAACAACGACUCACAUGCCGUACUCAUUGGAAAGUACUCACUUGAGAUUGUGUUGGGCUGGUCUGUCACUAGGAUUGUCGUCGUGAUUCUCACACCUGUGUUGCUAAGCCUUGUUAUCGGACUCUGGUUCAACUCGAAGGACUGGACGGAUCUAACCACCAUCCAGACCGCUUGGUCUAUUGCAUCCUAUAUUGUGACGGCAGGAGGCUUCAUUGCCGCUCUUCUUGGUAUUAUGAGCAGUCUCGCGGAUAAAUAGGUCUUAGACGCAAAGAGCGUCAAUGUCAUGGCCGAUUGACUCUGGAAGAUGGUCAAAUUUGACUUAUAUGACUUGGUUCAAAUGUUCCUGCUACAUCCGGUUGGCUCUGACUAUGCUGCAGUCAUAGUGUGACAUUUUGUGAGGUGGUCAACAUAGUUUAAUGGUAUUAUGGGGGAGGCUCGGAGAGGUGGCCCACUUGUCUGUUGCCGAUAUCAGUAGCAUCGCUUUUCCUCAAUGCCUACUUUAGACUAACGAGUGAGUUAUGUUUAUCAGAAGCUUGCUAGCCCCUCCUGAAUUCAAGAUUGUCGCUUCCGUUGCCUUUGGAAUGUGGUCGAGUGCCCUCAAGUAAUCUUACACGUGAUGCCAUUGAAGAGCCGAAUAUAACGG